AUGUACGAUCCCGCACCGGCUAGACCCAAGAAAACAGACAUUACCCGAACGAAGACGGGUUGUCUCCAGUGCCGACGUAAGCGAAGAAAGUGUGAUGAACAGAGACCGGCUUGCCGGCGUUGUUCUGCAACAUCAAGUUCGUGCGAGUAUGAGUUUGGCGCCUUCGAAUUCAAAGACGCAACGCAGUGGGCUGCCAACAAGGUCCGUCGCCUGAAGAUGGCUGGAAGUGCUGCUUCAACCAAAGAUCAAGCUGUCAGAAAGCUGGCAACCCGAGACUGCAAGCGGCAAAAUCUUGCCCAUCCAGCUGGUUUCGCAGUCAAUCAGCUUGACACAGCGGAUGCGAUACGGCAGCAGCCAAGCACUGCUCCACUGCCGCCUACCCCACCAGUCCUUGAAUCUGAUGACCGCAACACAUCAUUGGUGUCCGGUGUCCGACAGGAAGACAUCAACUCAGCCGCCAAUUACGACAUUCAUGAAUGGCGUAAAGACGACUCAAUGGAUCAUUUGUCACCCGAGUUUUUCCUCGACGCAGAACAGCUUCUGACAUCGUCAAUGACCGACUUCAUACCUGUGUCUCCAAUGUUAUCAGGGGAUACCCAAUGCCUUCCGUGGGACUUAUUGAUGCCGUCAUUGUUGCCCUCUCCAACUUCACCCACAUGCCACCGUGGAGGGGAUUCCUGUUCUGCGACGACGAUCUCAUCACCGGACAAUCCUACACCAGCGGGUGAAAUCUUUCGGGCUUCAGAGACCUCCGCCCAUGAGGAUCAAUCACCUGUCUGCUCAGCAAAUCGUACCUCGCGGCGUGGAUUACUUCCAGCUUCUUGGACCGUCCUUAAGAAUCAACUAGAAUCUCCGUCUACACAGAAACCGAUUCCAGUCUCUGUUGAAGAUAGGCCAUACCUAGCCCACUUAAGAUUGAACGUGAUCAAUAAUCUGCCCGUCCGCCUCGACAGCCUGUGGAAGAUGAUACUCUACAACGCUCCCCUCCGAUAUGCAGCUAUGGCUUUGGCGGCCGCCAGCCUCGCAAACCUCCGUGGGCAUCACUCAUCUGACCAUAACCGAUGGGUACCAGCACCGAUUCAUUCGUCUAGAGCACUUAACUACGUGGUCAGAUGUGCCGAUAUUCUUGAAAAUCAUCCAGACAUGCCGUGGGAGGCUCAUUUAACCGUCCUGAUUCUAGCUACACUAUACGAAUUAGAGACUGGGACGAUUGUUGAUCUCAGGCGGGCUCUCGCGGUGCUCGACGGUGGCAUCCGAAAUCAUCGCACUCAGGUCCUGUCGCUUGCUGCCGGCAAAGACCUGGGCCGCAUUUGGGCACAUCUCAAAUACCUUGAAUUGGCCUGUCGUGGGCCUCAACAUCCUCUGGGAAUCGAAUCAGCCAGCGAAUCUCUCCUUGUGGAACUUGUACCAAGUUUGGUACAUCCACCACAAAGGAUACAGGUCAUUGGAUGCCAGGCGUCAAGGAUCAGUCAGCGGCUGCUCUUCUCGAAAUGUUUCUAUGAAAGGGGGGAUACAGCCGCGGAGACAUUGAGUAAAGUGACGCAGUGGUGGGAAAUCUUGAAGGGUACCUCAUUCGGAGAACCUUCAGACGAACACACGGAGCCCGAUACUGUGCUCCCAGAUGAGGAGCUGUUCAAGGAGCUCAGAAAUCUCCAGUCUACCCUGGCUACAUGCGAAGCUCCAGAAGGGAUAUUGUCUGCUCUUUUACCCGACUCGGAAGCAUUUUGUGCCAGACCUCAUGCACCUCUCCGCCUUCCGACUCAUCAAAUAGCCAUGACGUGGGCUGACUAUGCAUUCGCCCAGUUACUUUGUACCGAGAGCAACGUCCAGAGACUUACACAAGAGUUGGGAAUUUCUGUGGAAGACGAGGCGGAUGCAUUCGAUUGCGCUCCAAUGAGAAGCAACCCAUGGCUGAAUCUGUUGCUUCGAAUCACCGACGAACUCGACCCAGUUGAGUGUCAAAAGAGAAAUACGUAUAGAAUUGGGAUCUUCUCGAUGCUGGUUCAAGUUUCCAUCCUCGGAGCCGGUAGGGGUGGGUUUGAGGCGCUACAGCAGUUCAUCCAGAGGUCGAUGGCUGUCGGCGUGCUUUACGAGGGUCCAUUCACGCCGUUGCACUCCGCCAGAUCUUGCAACCGGGCGAUACUCAGGUACAUGGCUGCCAAACCUGGCCGCGCAAUAUUUGCAGCCUCCUUUACAUAUUCCGCCUGGGAAGCUCGCGAAGUUCUUUUCUCCAAGGGCGGUGGGCAGCAUGUGCUUUUGUGUGGCAGAGAGGCUGAUGGUCGGUACCUGAACGAUCUCAUUCCUGUAGAUGCAUAA